ACGUCGCGUCGCGCCUCGCCUCGCCCCGUCGGCUUCCCUCAAUCCGUACCUCUAGUAAAGGAGAGCUUGUGCCCCUCCCCGACCCCUUACCAAGGGCGAGCUGGGUGGAGUCGUUGGACUGGGCAGAACUUUGGCAGGCAAGGAGACAAACAGCCACACUGUGCUGCCGGGGAAGAGAAGAAGGAAAGGCCAGACACACAGGCGUCGUGCAGCUGCGGAAGGAUUCCGUUUCCUGCAGGGGGCGGAGGGAUUUGACAGCACGGUAACUUCCGGAAAAGUCCUGAACCUCAGAGGAAAAGCCUUGCAAGAAACAAUAACAAACGGGAGGAGGAAGCGAUUCUGGGGUUUCUGUGUUGAACGGUUGUUGUCCGCGAAGAUGCGCUUCGGCCCCUGUCAGGGGACUUGAACGUGCUUAGUGGGCUUCAGCCAGCUUCUCUCCACCGGUUCGCCACGGGGACCCCCCCCCCCCGGCCGUUGCAAUGGCGGGCGUGGGGCCGGGGGGCUACGCGGCGGAGUUCGUGCCACCUCCAGAGUGCCCCGUCUUUGAGCCGAGCUGGGAGGAGUUCACAGAUCCGCUCAGCUUUAUCGGCCGCAUCCGGCCUUUGGCGGAGAAAACCGGCAUCUGCAAAAUUCGGCCGCCCAAGGACUGGCAGCCUCCAUUUGCCUGUGAAGUAAAAAGCUUUCGUUUCACUCCAAGAGUCCAGCGCCUGAAUGAACUUGAGGCAAUGACCAGAGUGAGAUUGGAUUUCUUGGAUCAACUAGCAAAAUUUUGGGAACUUCAAGGAUCUACUCUGAAGAUCCCUGUGGUAGAGAGAAAAAUCCUGGAUCUGUAUGCUUUGAGCAAGAUUGUUGCCAGCAAAGGAGGUUUUGAAAUGGUCACCAAAGAGAAGAAAUGGUCUAAAGUGGGUAGUCGCUUGGGAUAUCUGCCAGGAAAAGGAACUGGGUCUCUAUUGAAGUCACAUUAUGAAAGAAUUCUCUACCCAUAUGAGCUUUUCCAGUCUGGUGUGAGCCUUAUGGGUGUGCAGAUGCCUAAUUUAGAUCUUAAAGAAAAAGUGGAGCCUGAGGUUCUCAGCACUGAUACCCAAACUUCCCCAGAGCCAGGCACAAGAAUGAACAUUCUGCCGAAGAGAACAAGACGUGUGAAGUCUCAGUCAGAAUCUGGAGAUGUGAGUAGAAACACGGAACUGAAGAAACUUCAGAUUUUUGGGGCUGGGCCCAAGGUUGUGGGCUUGGCAAUGGGAACAAAAGAUAAAGAAGAUGAGGUCACCCGAAGACGAAAAGUUACCAACAGGUCAGACGCGUUUAACAUGCAAAUGAGACAACGGAAAGGCACUCUCUCUGUUAACUUUGUUGAUCUCUAUGUUUGUAUGUUUUGUGGUCGGGGAAACAAUGAAGAUAAAUUGCUUUUGUGUGAUGGAUGUGAUGACAGCUAUCAUACAUUUUGUCUAAUUCCUCCACUACCUGAUGUGCCCAAAGGAGACUGGAGGUGUCCUAAAUGUGUCGCUGAGGAAUGUAGCAAACCUCGAGAAGCCUUUGGAUUUGAACAAGCUGUACGAGAGUAUACACUUCAGAGCUUUGGAGAGAUGGCAGAUAAUUUUAAGUCUGAUUAUUUUAAUAUGCCAGUCCAUAUGGUUCCCACAGAACUAGUAGAAAAGGAAUUUUGGCGGCUGGUAAGCAGCAUUGAAGAAGAUGUUAUUGUGGAAUAUGGAGCAGAUAUCUCCUCAAAAGAUUUUGGAAGUGGAUUUCCGGUGAAGGAUGGGCGGAGAAAGAUUCUGCCAGAAGAAGAGGAAUAUGCACUUUCUGGUUGGAAUUUGAAUAACAUGCCUGUCCUGGAACAGUCUGUUCUUGCACAUAUUAAUGUGGACAUCUCUGGUAUGAAAGUGCCGUGGCUCUAUGUGGGAAUGUGUUUCUCUUCUUUUUGCUGGCACAUUGAGGAUCACUGGAGUUAUUCCAUCAACUACUUGCAUUGGGGGGAGCCAAAGACAUGGUAUGGUGUGCCAUCUCAUGCUGCAGAGCAACUGGAGGAGGUGAUGAGAGAGCUGGCCCCUGAGUUAUUUGAAUCCCAGCCUGAUCUUCUGCAUCAGUUAGUCACCAUCAUGAACCCCAACGUGCUAAUGGAGCAUGGUGUGCCUGUGUACAGGACCAAUCAGUGUGCUGGCGAGUUUGUUGUGACAUUUCCUCGUGCCUAUCACUCUGGAUUUAACCAGGGCUACAACUUUGCUGAAGCUGUGAACUUCUGUACUGCUGACUGGUUGCCCAUUGGACGUCAAUGUGUAAAUCAUUACCGACGCCUAAGGCGCCACUGUGUCUUUUCACACGAGGAACUCAUUUUCAAGAUGGCAGCAGAUCCAGAAUGCUUAGAUGUGGGGCUGGCUGCCAUGGUCUGCAAAGAAUUGACUCUCAUGACUGAAGAAGAAACACGAUUAAGAGAGUCUGUUGUACAGAUGGGUGUCCUGAUGUCAGAAGAAGAAGUGUUUGAACUUGUUCCUGAUGAUGAGCGGCAGUGUUCAGCAUGCAGAACCACAUGUUUUCUCUCUGCUCUCACAUGUUCCUGUAAUCCUGAGCGGCUUGUAUGUCUCUACCAUCCAACUGAUCUGUGCCCCUGCCCCAUGCAGAAGAAAUGUCUUAGAUAUCGCUACCCAUUAGAAGACCUCCCUUCUCUGCUAUAUGGUGUAAAAGUCAGGGCACAGUCCUAUGACACUUGGGUCAGUCGUGUUACAGAAGCAUUGUCUGCUAACUUCAACCACAAAAAAGAUUUGAUUGAAUUGCGAGUAAUGCUGGAAGAUGCUGAGGAUAGGAAAUACCCAGAGAAUGAUCUCUUUCGAAAACUCAGGGAUGCUGUAAAAGAAGCUGAGACCUGUGCUUCUGUGGCUCAGCUGCUUCUGAGCAAAAAGCAGAAACACAGACAGAGCCCAGAUAGUGGGAGGACUCGGACCAAACUGACAGUGGAAGAAUUGAAGGCCUUUGUCCAACAACUUUUUAGUCUUCCGUGUGUCAUCAGCCAAGCUCGGCAAGUGAAGAAUCUGCUAGAUGAUGUGGAAGAGUUUCAUGAACGUGCUCAGGAGGCCAUGAUGGAUGAAACCCCAGAUUCUUCCAAACUCCAGAUGCUGAUAGAUAUGGGCUCUAGUCUCUAUGUGGAACUCCCUGAAUUACCACGACUGAAGCAAGAGCUACAACAGGCUCGGUGGUUGGACGAAGUAAGACUGACCUUAUCAGAUCCGCAACAAGUCACUUUGGAUGUCAUGAAGAAGCUGAUAGACUCUGGGGUAGGGUUGGCACCCCACCAUGCUGUGGAGAAAGCAAUGGCUGAACUACAGGAGCUCCUUACAGUCUCUGAACGAUGGGAAGAAAAGGCUAAGGUCUGCCUACAGGCAAGACCGAGGCACAGUGUGGCAAGUUUAGAAAGCAUUGUGAAUGAAGCCAAGAACAUUCCAGCCUUUCUACCCAAUGUGUUGUCCUUGAAAGAAGCCUUGCAAAAGGCUCGAGAAUGGACCGCUAAAGUGGAAGCUAUUCAGAGUGGCAGCAAUUACGCUUAUUUGGAGCAGCUUGAGAGCUUGUCUGCGAAAGGACGCCCUAUCCCUGUGCGUCUUGAAGCACUGCCGCAAGUGGAAUCACAGGUAGCAGCAGCACGGGCAUGGAGAGAACGGACUGGGCGGACGUUUCUUAAGAAGAAUUCUAGCCAUACAUUGUUACAGGUGCUGAGCCCCCGAACUGACAUUGGUGUAUAUGGGAGUGGCAAAAAUAGGAGGAAAAAAGUAAAAGAACUAAUAGAAAAAGAAAAAGAAAAGGAUCUGGACCUGGAGCCUCUGAGUGAUCUGGAGGAAGGAUUGGAGGAAACCAGAGAUACAGCCAUGGUGGUGGCAGUUUUCAAAGAACGGGAGCAAAAAGAGAUUGAAGCCAUGCAUUCUCUCAGAGCAGCCAACCUAGCCAAGAUGACAAUGGUGGACCGCAUAGAAGAAGUAAAAUUUUGCAUUUGCCGCAAGACAGCCAGUGGGUUUAUGCUACAGUGUGAGCUCUGCAAAGACUGGUUCCAUAACAGCUGUGUUCCUCUUCCUAAAUCAAGUUCCCAAAAAAAAGGAUCCAGCUGGCAAGCUAAAGAAGUAAAAUUCCUUUGCCCUCUUUGUAUGCGGUCUCGAAGGCCCAGGCUAGAGACUAUUCUGUCACUCCUGGUAUCCCUUCAGAAGUUGCCCGUACGGUUACCUGAAGGAGAGGCCCUACAGUGUUUGACAGAACGUGCUAUGAGUUGGCAAGAUAGAGCGCGGCAGGCUCUAGCCACAGAUGAACUAUCCUCUGCCCUGGCCAAACUAUCUGUGUUGAGCCAGCGUAUGGUGGAACAGGCGGCUCGAGAAAAAACUGAAAAGAUCAUCAGUGCAGAACUCCAAAAAGCAGCUGCCAAUCCAGACUUACAGGGACACUUACCUAGUUUCCAGCAGUCUGCUUUUAACCGGGUAGUGAGCAGUGUGUCAUCUUCUCCUCGACAAACAAUGGACUAUGAUGAUGAAGAAACAGACUCUGAUGAAGACAUUCGAGAGACAUAUGGCUACGACAUGAAGGACACAGCCAGUGUGAAGUCCUCUAGUAGUCUUGAACCCAAUCUUUUUUGUGAUGAAGAGAUUCCCAUCAAAUCUGAGGAGGUGGUGACCCACAUGUGGACAGCACCUUCAUUUUGUGCAGAGCAUGCUUAUUCUUCUGCUUCUAAGAGUUGUUCUCAAGGUUCUAGCACCCCAAGGAAACAACCUCGGAAGAGCCCUUUGGUGCCCCGAAGUUUGGAACCUCCAGUGCUGGAGUUGUCACCUGGAGCUAAGGCACAACUGGAAGAACUUAUGAUGGUUGGAGAUCUCCUGGAAGUAUCUCUGGACGAGACUCAACACAUAUGGCGGAUUUUGCAGGCCACACACCCACCCUCUGAAGACAGAUUCUUGCAUAUCAUGGAGGAUGACAGCAUGGAAGAGAAACCACUAAAAGUGAAAGGAAAAGACUCUUCAGAGAAGAAACGGAAACGGAAGCUAGAAAAGGUAGAGCAACUUUUUGGAGAAGGAAAACAGAAGUCCAAGGAGUUAAAGAAAAUGGACAAACCUAAAAAGAAGAAAUUAAAAUUAGGUGCAGACAAAUCAAAGGAGCUGAAUAAACUGGCCAAGAAACUAGCAAAAGAAGAAGAGAGAAAGAAAAAGAAGGAGAAGGCUGCUGCAGCCAAAGUUGAACUUGUGAAAGAGAGCACUGAAAAGAAAAGAGAGAAAAAGGUGCUGGACAUCCCCUCAAAGUAUGACUGGUCAGGAGCAGAGGAGUCUGAUGAUGAGAAUGCUGUGUGCGCAGCACAGAACUGCCAAAGGCCCUGCAAGGACAAGGUAGACUGGGUACAAUGUGAUGGUGGCUGUGAUGAGUGGUUUCAUCAAGUUUGUGUGGGUGUAUCUCCAGAAAUGGCUGAAAAUGAAGAUUACAUCUGUAUAAACUGUGCAAAGAAGCAGGGGCCAGUUAGCCCAGGUCCAGCACCACCUCCUUCCUUCAUAAUGAGCUACAAACUACCAAUGGAGGAUCUUAAAGAGACCAGUUAGCAGAUGCUUGGUUAGUUUGGGACAUGGGGGGACAUGGACCACAUUGAGACCUUAGUCAUCAAGUAGAGUGGUUUAUAUCCACUUGGAAUGUUGCUUCCAAAGAUGAAUGGCCUUCAGAGAAAGUCCCCUUAGUGCUGGCUUCCUCUUUGCAUGGACUCUGUGGGUUACAUUCUCUAUCAACAUAUCUAUGCAGAGGGUGUCUUCUUUGGUACAACAGCCAAUAUUUCAUGUCUCCUUUGAGUGUGGUUUACUGCAUUAAGGCCAGACGCUUAAUUGAGCUCUAGGGUGGCUGGUUAGUAUUAAUACAUUGGUGUGGUAACAGGGCAUAUAGGAUGUGGCUUUUGUCCAGCUGAUAGUAGUUAGAGGCUUACAACUUAGGAGCGGCACCAACUGAAGGUGCUAAUUGCUUGGAUCUCCUUCAUUGGGAUAGUUGGAGAGGGAUUGGAGUACCACUUUCCUUCCACUGUUACCUGGUACUUAAUGCCCUAAAGAUAUAACUAGGAGUAACAGGGCCAAAGUUAUUUCUGUUAGACGUCAAGGAAUGGUAUCACAGUCUAUUGACCUCAGCGAUUUGUGCUUGUUUGUGCUAGAAGAACAUCCCAAAUAGGAGAACCUCUCACACGCUGGGGCAGGUCACCUUAUCUUUGUAAGAUGAGGAUGUCAUCUAGAUCAGAAAUCUGACUAGAUUGAAUUCUGAGGAGAAGAACCUACUACAAGGCAAGGAGCCGUUUUUUGGCUUUGAAAAGUCUUGCUGUCUUGGGUCUACAUUUUAGGGAAGAGCAGGUACAUGGAUCCAGGCUUCUGCCAAAAAAAAAAAAAAAGAGAAGAA